AUGGAAGGCGUGCUACCUUCGCAACCCUGGCUGUCGCCGAUGUCGUGUGUGAAGGUGCCUUGUCUUUCACCUUCCACGCACCAACCUGGGAAGGUUCCUUUCUACGACUUUCCCCGUCAUAGCGGUUUAGUCUCGGCCGACGAUGUAGCCAGCCUCGCGCGCAAUUUUCCCACCAUCUCCUCCUUAGCAUCAUUCAUGCAGUCCUGGCUCUUCUUUGAGUUACUUUCAGCUUUCCUUGGUCAGCCCGUGAGCCGCAGCGAUCUUGUCACUGAUGGAUUCAUCAACCUUGAUCAGGAGGCUGUCCAUGGCCAUUUCUGGCGGUGGAAAAAGAUGCUCUGGAGGGCAUCCAAUGCCCAGAGACGAGAGGCUCAGCACGCCGCCCAAGACAUGAUCCACUACGCACUGUUAAAAGGCGAUUUAUUCGAGGAAGCUGCAGAUUCUUUUGGGCGGAGAGACGACGGGUUCGAUCGUGUCGCCCUGUCUGUCAAGCUGCUGGCUUGCUUGCUGAUUGCGGUUUUGGACGACACCUACGUCAAAUCCUCUGGCGUCUUGACUCGUUGGAUCCACACUGCUUUCGGUAGAGCAACGUUCGGUAUGGUGAAGGUUGCGAAUGUUCUGGAUCCUUUGCACCGCGGCCUCAACAAUCCCAAGCUUAGCUUUGUCGACGACUAUUUCUCCGAAAUGAGCCUCAGCAAUGCCACAAAAGACGUAUACGGAUAUGAAGCGAGGUUUGUCCCACUUCACCCAAGUGAGCCAGACAGCGGACGCGCCGCCAGUCUACUGAUCCGUCUCCUGGAGCGCAAUGGAUGGUGCCCGUACCGAGCCCGCCAAGUGUGCCAGUCUUACGAUUAUAUGACAGUGAACAAUUUGGCUGGAUUGAUACGAAAUCGAUCUUCUGUCGAGGAUCAUGGACGAUGCCUGGAAACGCGGAGGUGCACUGCUCACGACGUUGAAAUCAAGCCGACCAGUACGUAUCCGUUUCGACAUGAAUGCGAUGGCAACUGCGAAUUCGUCCGUGUCCCUUAUGAAGAAAUCGCCAACAUCGUACGAUCUGGAGGGAUACCCGUCAUCUCGUGCAGCAUUGAAGGUCCACUUGAUGUCAAGAUCGUUCGGUGCACAGCUCAGACGGCUUACACGGCUAUAUCGCACGUCUGGUCUGACGGCCUUGGCAAUCCGAACGAGAACGCUCUGCCACUCUGCCAACUGCUCUGGCUGCGAGAGAAAAUCCGUCAAACUUACAUUGAGAAAUACCCCAGCCCGCUCAACGAGGAUGGGCCCAUGACGACGAGGUGGACGAUCAUACAUCGGUGGGAAAUCUCACACGUGCUACGACCCGACUGGCUUGAAACACCGUUCGGCGCAAAUAGGAUUUUCUUCUGGAUGGAUACCCUUUGUAUCCCGGUCAGUCUCGGGUCGCAGAAAAGCGUGGAUAACAGAGAACUGCGAUUCCGCGCCAUUAAGCAGAUCGCACCUAUCUUUUCUGGAGCCAUAAAUACUCUCAUACUCGACAGGGGGCUGCAGGAUACUACCAGCCUAGUUCCCCAUCGGGCGUACCAGGUCUGUGGAGACGAGUUGGCCACCCUCAUUCUUGGCUCUAAGUGGAUGGAGAGGGGCUGGACGCUGGAAGAGGGCUGUCUUGCUCGGAGUUGUGUAUUGCAGCUGAUGGGAAUGCCAUACUACUUGACACCAUCACUAGCAAAUCGGAUCCCCAAAAUAGAGCGUCAUCAUUCACCCUUGGCCAGGGUUUUUGUUCAGAGCCGACGGUCAAUGGUGAUGCUUCUAAAGACGGCCUUGUUGGAGGAUAGGAAACGAAUCCCUUUCGACGUAGGGCUUUGUAGAGCAAGCCGCCUUGCCGAGGCGCUGCUCCUGCCCCAGUUUGUCUGGGCGUGGAACUCUCUCGUCAACCGAUCAACCACGAAGCCCCAGGAUGGUGUCCUCAUUCUAGCAAAUCUACUUGAUCUCAAUGUCUAUCCGCUGAGGCUCCUCUCCGGAGAAGAGAGGCUGAUGGCGGUCAUUCAGAGUUGCAAUGAGCUGCCCCUGUCGCUCAUGUACAAUACGGGCAGGAGGGUGCACAUCGAAGGACACCCAGAGUUAGGAUGGAUCCCUAAGGACAUCUCCGGUAACUGUCUCACAGUUGGAGCGGCUAUUCGAAAACUUAAAACCCGGAAAACAAAUGACAGGGUCGCGUUCUCCGUUGAACGAAGCGAAAGAUAUCGACAAUCUGUCCUAAUUGUGGCUACAAAACUAGGUCAGUGCAUUCCUCGCUCGGCGGAGAUUUUCCGAGUGCAGAUUCCCAUGGGCAAUGACAGUGGCACUGAGACUCAAGAAUAUAUCAUCGAGAUACAAGAUACCACUCCUUCGCCUCAAAUUCAAGAGUCUCAUAACACUGGCCGUGAGGCCAAUACAGACUUUCUCGGAACCUGCAUGGUAAUAGACUUAACAUAUGGGACGCAGCGGGCAAGGGGAUUCGCUGCCCGAGGGGUACGCUUCUUGGUCCAUGCCCGAAGUCGAAUGCACAUGGACCUGAGCUAUGACGCACCUUUGAUCGCGCGGACACCGAAACAAUGGUGGUACCACCGCCGAGAGUUGUGGAGUCCCCUUUCGUUAUUCGUUAUGGAGAGUGUACCUCUCCGUAAGAGACUAAUCAUUAAAUACGGUAAGAAAUUCUCCUCCCACUCUCACAGCCCCAAUACCCCCGUCUAUAACCACAGACCCUUGGAGGCUGGAAGCAUCGCAUGUUAA